ACGACAUUAAACCUCAUCGACAUUGAACCAGAGCAUAAACACUUACCAUUUUUUCCGAAAUCAGAGUGAAAUUUGAGAAGCAUUGUGGAAGUGGCAUCAAUAUGGAAGGGGACGAGUUGUGCGUCUCCUUGGUCGGCCGGUGGAUUUGCUUCGAUAAUGGGUGGUGGGACUUCAAGAUUGACAAAACUAGGCCUGGGAAGUGUAUAAACUGCGGAUUCAUCCACACAUUUAAAUCCUUUGAAGAAACUAUCCAACAAAAAUUCAGGAUUUUUGACCAUGAUGUUUUUGUUAGAAUGUCUUACUGGGCUGAUGAUGUUUUGGUUAGGCUCAACGGCCGGGAGAUACCUCCGACGGAAAUCAGAGACGACUGGUCUUUCAGGGUUUUCAAGUCCCUCCUUAAGUCUGACAAUUCUGUAAAUCUGUUUGUCACCUUGCAAAGAUUCGUUGAUGGUGAACUUCGGUUCCUAGAUCCCCUUGAAAUAAAUGUCUCUCCUUCGAUCCGUGGCUCUCCACUUGUACAAGAGAAGAACGGCUGCAGGGAGCUGAUUGUCGCAAACACUGCUACGGAUCUGCAACCUUACACCAUUGGUGUACCACAGAAAACGAGCGUACACCAUCGCGAUGAGACUGUGGUACACCAAAAGGUCUCAUCUUCUGCACAGAGGAAUCUAGAAAUUUGUGGUCCACUUGUACAAGAGAAGAAUGGCUGCCUACAAGAGAAGAACGACUGCAGGGAGGUGAUUGCCGUAAACACUGCUACAUAUCUGCAACCUUACACCAUUGGUGUACCAUAGCAAACGAGCGUACACCAUCGCGAUGAGACUGACAUUUUCGGUGAUAUUGAUGAUGAGACUCUCUUAUCUCAAAUUGUAGCAGUUGAGGCUCGGAUUGCUAAAGGCUCGGGAGUGCUUGCUGAUAUCGAAACCAAUGAUGAUGAUAUCCAAAGCAGUGUUCGUACUGAUUGCAGUGAAGAAGAGGAUGCUGAAGACGAUGGAUUUGCAGAUGAGGAGGACUACGAUUACGACUAUUGGACAAAUUUUGUGUUAGAGGACAAUGGGGAGAUGGAACCUCCCAGAGAAGAUAUGGGCAACGAUGAUGUGAUGAUGGAACCUCCCAGACAAGAAAUUGGCAACGAUGAUGUAAUGGACCCGCCUCCGAGAAAGGUACAGAGAUAUACUGAUCUUCUUCGUGAUAUGGAUGAUUUUGUCAGCCCUCCUCCGUUGCUACCUUGACGUGCUCCUAUUGAAGACUGCCGUCCUCUGCUGAUAGAUUGUGCUCCUCCGAUGCUAGAUGUUUCUGCUCCUGUCGAAGGUAAGAGGAAAAAAGUCUCAAAAAAUUGUCUUCUACUGAGAUGAAGGAAAAACAGUCUGCAGCGUUAAAAACAGGGAUUCAAAUGUCUGAAAUAUAUGGUUUUGAAGACAUUGAACCGAUGUUCAUGGAAACUGACACAAAUGAGUUCAUGGCAUAGAUCUUAGUAAAGAAGACGACGUGAUGUAUGUUGGCCGUAAUUUCGAGACGAAAGAUGAAUUCAAAAUAGUACUGUUUAUUCAUGCAAUCAAUCAGGUUUUUCGCUUUAGGUUUGUCAGGUACAAAAAGUGUUAUCUCGUUGCACAAUGUGUUGACAAGCUAUGCGACUGGCGGGUGUACGCGCAUCAGAUAGGUGAUAGCGAGGAGUACGAAGUUAGGAAAGUGAAGCUCGAACAUAUUUGUGAUGUGGAGACCCGAGGUCAGUUUACAAAACACGCCACGUCCAAGGUAAUGUCUGCUUUACUACGGUCGAAGUAUGUAAAUGUUUUAGGGGGUCCUAGAGCGAGAGAUCUACCUGAAGUUGUGUUAGGGGAGCAUAAUGUUACGGCUUCUUAUUGGAAAUGCUGGAAAGCCAGAGAAUUAGCGGUAGCGUCUGCUCAGGGGACAGAGGAGUCUUCUUACUUACUUUUGCCCCUAUAUUUGCAUUUGUUGCAAGUUGCAAAUCCUGGGACGGUGUACCACUUACUGAUAGAAGAUGAUGAGGUUGGAGAGGAAAGGUUUAAAUUUGCUUUUGUUGCAUUGGGUGCAAGUAUUCAAGGCCUGAAAUACAUUCGGCGUGUUGUUGUUAUCAAUAGAACUCACCUCCACGGAAAAUACAACGGAUGCUUGCUUACUGCUAGUGGACAAGAUGCAAAUUUUCAGGUAUUUCCAAUAGCUUUCGCUAUAGUGGACAGCGAGAAUCACGAUUCCUGGACCUGGUUCAUGGAGAAACUGAAAGACAUUGUACACGAUGGGACUGAUCUAACUAUCAUAUCUGAUCGCCACCAGUCAAUAUACCAUGCUAAGUCUCUGGUGUACCCUCGAGCGCACCAUGGCUGUUGUCUCGUACACCUGAAGUGCAAUAUCAGAAGUUUGUAUUCAAGAACGGUCGGCCUUGUUUGGAAAGCUGGGGAGGCGUUCAGAGUUAAAGACUUUAACAAGUGGUAUGGACGUAUUAAGAAAAGGAAGCCUCAAUGUUGGAAAUACCUACAGAAGAUUGGAGUUGCACAUUGGCCGCGUGCACACUUUAAAGGGGAGCGCUAUAACUUACUGACAAACAAUAUAGCUGAAUCUCUCAACCAUGCACUGCUACCGGCUAGAGAUAGCCCAAUUGUUGCCCUCAUUGAAUUCUUUCGAAAGAUGCUGAGUAGGUGGUUUGAAUCCCGGAGGAAGAAGGUGACUAAUUGUCGAGGGUAUAUUUCUGUCGAAGUUGAGAAAUUUUUGAAGAAGCAGCUUAAGGAAUCAAUUGGUGUACAGGUUCGACUUGCAUCGGCUUGGGAUUGUGAAAUCACAGCAAAAGAUGGACAAAAAUUCCACGUAUCAUUAGAGAAACGUACUUGCACUUGUAGAGCAUUUCAGCUGCUUCAAAUCCCUUGUUCACACGCAAUGGCUGCUGCAAAGGCGAGGGGACUUGAAUACCAAUCACUUGUUGGCCACAUGCACAAGAAAGAUACAUGGCGUCCAACGUUUGAUGGCGUUAUCCUACCACUUCAAGACCCAUCAGAGGUAAACGUACCGGAAUGCAUCAUGAUACGCUAUAUUCUUCCACCUGAGACUAAACGUCCUCCCGGGAGACCACCUAAAACGAGGAUCCCAUCUACCGGAGAGUUUGAGAAAUCGAAGACCAGCUCAAAGCAAAACAGAUGCGGUAGGUGCAAUGGUUUGGGACACAAUAGGGUUCGUUGUUCGGUCCCGCUCCGCUGAAGUUGAAGUUUGGUGUUUGAAGGUGUACAACAGUUGUGGCGUUCUGUACACCCUUUUUUAGUUUUUCGGAUUUUAACGGGGUAUGUUAUUUUUUGAUACUUUAAGAGCUAGAAGGACUAUAGCCCAAUCCGUUAUUUGGAUUGACAUCCCCUUUCUUUUGAUACACUACUUUGAUGGUGUACAAGUCUGGCUAAUCAGGGUACACCAGAGGUUGCCCACCAACGAAUUAUAUUGCAACUUGAUUUAUUGUUAUGAGGGAUUUAUGUGUUUAUUUUCUA